AGGUGGACGAAUGUGUGAUAAAACCUCAAGUAUGUUAUAGUAACGCGAAAUGUAUGUACAAUAAUGGAUCUUAUGCGUGUCAGUGUGCAAAUGGGUACACAGGAGAUGGCAAGAACAAUUGCACAGGUAUAGUAAUCACUGUAUAGUUCCACUUUUAAUCAAAUAGUGAAAGUACGUAUAAUAAACCCUUCAAACUAAACGUUUCAGAAAGAGCAUUAAUAUAUCAUAAGCAAUUCAUAACAAUUUAAAAGAAAAACCAAAAAACUCCACAGAUAAAGGAAACGAAUCACACCACAGAGUCUGAAUGUAAUUUGACCAGACUUUGCAUAUGCAUUCCGAUGUUGUAAACUUGUGAACGAAUACACUUCAAGUGGGCUUGAUUGUUUUUGUUAUUUAAAAUGCUAUUGAAAUGAAAAACAUAUUAUUUAGAUGUGGAUGAAUGCGUACAAACUCCUGAUAUUUGUCAUCAAAAUGCCAACUGUACCAACACUGAAGGAAGUUAUUCCUGCCAAUGUUUGAAAGGUUAUACUGGUGAUGGUAAACUUAACUGUUCAGGUAUUACAAAAUUAUAGGUUUACUAUGAGCGUUGGUAAAAUUUUUGAAAUCCCUGCUGUAUUUUCUAAUUUUUGUUUACAUUCUCCUCUAUGCAGAUAUUGAUGAGUGCACUUCUCCCAACGUGUGCAUUCAAAAUAGUCAAUGCUCAAACACUGUAGGAUCUUAUGUAUGCCAAUGUGUUGUGGGAUAUUCGGGUGAUGGUUACAGUAACUGUACAGGUGAGGAUACUGACACACAGUAGCCUAUAUAUACAUAAGAUGCUGCUUGCUGCAACUCACAAUCAGGAACUACCAUUGCUAAUACACUGGCCGCGCGGGUACUUAAACAUUAACAUUAAACAUCAACAUUAAAAUUAGAUAUAUAUUGAAAUUUCGCGAAUUAAAAAAAAAUUAAAAAAUUAAAGAAAUAAAAUGGCGGAUUCUGAAAAGGUCUAACGACGAAACUAGUAAAAUGCAAAUUAAUACAACGAGUGUCGAAAGGGACUUUUAGAACUCUUACUAUUUUAAACAUUUAGCAUUUUAAGAUUUCAUUACGCUUUUUAAGUGAUGCAAAAUUAGUUAUGAUUGAUUACAAUAAUUUUACAAAUUUUACAGUGUAACAUUUCAUCACAAGACUAAUAAGCAUAUAAAGAAGGAUAUUGUGCAAAUUUAUAAAUUUGUUCAUGUUUCUGGCUGAUCAGUUCGUUAAAAUUAGAUCAACUGUUCUCAAAAUGAUAAAACCAAAACUCUUGCAUGGCACACGACACAAUCUAUAUGAUGCUUUUAAUUUACACUGUCGAUAUACACCAUGAAUUGGUUCAUUUCAGAAGUUAUUUAGGCUACACCAUUCAGGCCAGUCUUGUUGUACUUAUAUAUAUAUUUGCUAUAUUUCUUGAAAAGUUUUCAAAUGAUAUAGCAGUCAUUGUAGAAAGCCACUCUAUCAAGGACUUGUAUGCAAAAUCUCGUCUGCAGAGAAAAGAUGCACGCAAAUUAAGUUACCCAAGGUUAUCAGAUCACGCAGCUAUAAAAAACAUUGGCGAUUUUUUCAGAAGAUUUUGAACGCUUUUUCGGACACAAUAGGCUGUUGCUUGUUUUGAAUGCAAAAGGUUCUUUGCUAUGGAAAAUCAAAUCUAACGGUAUAUUUAUUCUUCUAGCCUAUAACCUUAAUAUACAGUGUACUGUAAGCAACAUUCUUCCAAAUUAAGUUUCGUUUACUGCAUGUAUAUGCAUGUAUAGGUAUUAAAAAAGUGUCUGAUAAAUACGAGCAAACGGCUUCGUUGCAAACCUUAAACUCUAAGCGUGCAAAGCAUAAUGGGAGCAUCAUUUAAUCAGUUUAGAAAUCACAUAUGGGAUCCAUUUCUUAGAGACAUGGUGCGCGCUUAGAGUUUAAAGCCGACCGCACACGAUAGCAACUUGCUGAGCUAACCGCCUCGCGAGGCGGUUAGCUCAGCAAGUUGCUCUCGUGUGCGGAUAGUUUUCGUGAGGAUUUGACCUCUCGAGGCCUUGAGGAAAAUAUCUAUCGUGUUUGAUAUUUUUCGCCUCGCGAGGAAAAAAUCUCAGCGUCUGCGGAUGUUGUGAGCUAUGUGCUGAGCUGUUUGAAUCAAUUAGCCAACGACAAACCAUGGUUUCUUCAUGUGACUUGGAACAAAAUGGAGGAAAAUGCAAAUGAUUUUGCCAAUUAUGUUGUUGUUGAGUAGUUUUCCCAACGUGUGCGGUGAAAAUACAUAGCUGAGCUAGCUGCCUCGCGAGGCGAUUAGCUCAGCAAGUUGCUCUCGUGUGCGGCGGGCUUAAGGUUUGCAAAGGAUAACCUUUUUUGAAUUAGCUGUAUGUACUGUAUGUUAAGAUCAACUGUUUCCAUUGCAUUGUCUUUGGCAUGCAAGGAAACUGUAAAAUUUAACUUCAUUUUAUGUAUAUUUCUUAGACAUUAAUGAAUGCAAACAAUCUUAUUCUGUCUGUCAUUCCUUGGCUAAAUGUUCUGACACUGAAGGAACAUUUUCUUGUCAAUGUGAUAGCGGAUUCACUGGAGAUGGUAUUGUCAAUUGUACAGGUAUACAUGAAAACUUUACCUAUUUACCUAUUUAUAUUUGAGCGUAAACCAAUGAAAAAUCUAACAGAAAAUUGGACCAGCAUUCGUUGAGCUGACGAAAAAUUGCUGCACCAUGAAAUGUAUGGGUUCCCAUUAACUGAUGUAUAUUAUUAUAUUCAUUAUUCGUGUAAAUUUGUCUCUGCAUGACGACAUGCACUACAGAAUACUCAUUGACAUUAUGUGUCAAAAGUGAAAAAAAUGCUUACAAAUUAAAAGCCGACCAAACAUUGGAGUAUAUCGGUGUCUUUCAUAAUUUCAGAUGUCGAUGAAUGUUCCCAAUCACCAUCAGUAUGUCAUCAACAUGCAAAAUGUACAAACACAAUCGGAUCUUAUUCUUGUCAAUGUAACCAGGGAUUCCUUGGAGAUGGAAUACAAGACUGUGCAGGUAUACUCUAAAUCGUUCUGGGACAACUUCUUUGAAGAGUUUACAGAGAACCUCAGUGACAAACAGGAAAGCAAUAUUUGUAUCAUACCCAUAUAUAAAGUUUUAAAAAUUAUUUACCGCUGUUCCAGAUUAAUUUUUAAAAUUGAGGAAAAUAUAAGGAAAACAAUCUGUGAAACUCUUGUGUGUUGCUGUGUUUUUUCAUUAACACACCAUCAACUUUAUAUUAAACGUCUUAUUUAAUAACUAACAUAUAGGUAUGCGUUAUAAAAUGUGAUGUUUACAAACAAUAGUAAUGUGAAACAAAGCCAACACUGCGUAAUUUUAAUUUUCUAGAAAAUCGACCUCCUCAGUUUACCACCCCAAGAACAGUAAACGCCAUCUUGAAUAAUGACACUAAAAUUCAGAUUAUGGCGGUAGACCCUGAGAAUCAAGACAUGACAUUCACCUUGUUGCUAAAUGGAACUUUGACCACAGCACAAAUCUCGAAACAAUUACUUACAAUAUCGAAUCUGAAAGAAAAUGGAACUGUUUAUGUACAAGUUCAAGAUGAGAUGGGUGCAAAGAAUAUUUUAAUUCUUCAAGUGAAUGCCUUUAAAUGUCCAUGUGUGCACAAUGGUAAAUGUUAUCAAAACAAGACCAUUGUAUAUCCAAUUCAACUAUCAGAUUAUCUCUGUCAAUGUGAAGAUCCUUACACAGGUGACCGAUGUGAAAUACGUCCAAAUCCUUGUAAUGAACUGCCAUGUUAUCCAGGUCUCGAGUGUUCUAUUGCUCAGAAUUCUGAAGGAUUUACUUGUGAAGAAUGUCCAACAUUGUUUGAAGGAGAUGGAAAACAGUGUGCACUAAAACCAACUGAAGGUUUGGAAAAAAUCAAAUUAAACUAUUCUGUUCUUCGCUAUUUCUAUUCCACUCUAUCCAUAUGUUUUUUAUCAUUCCGAUUCGAUAUUAGCUCAGUGGCGGCGGAACAGGGGGGGGGGGGCUAGGAGGCUAAAGCCCCCCCAGAAGUAAAAGUGGGGGGGGGGGGCUUAGCCCCCCCAGAAAAUUUUGUUUUUUCUUGAAAAAUUUUGAUAAUUAAGGGAAAAUUUAGGGUAUUUUUGGAAAAUUUAGGUAUAAGGGGAAAAAUUUGCAAUAUUUUGUUUAAAAAAUGUGUAUGUCCGGAAAAUUUUUUUGCUAUAGGUCCGGAAAAAUGGGGGGGGGAGAGAAAAUUUUAAUGCAAACCAUAUAAAGAUUUUUAUAUAAAGAUUUUUAUAUAAAGAUUUGACUUAUUAUGCAUACGUUUUUGAAGUCAUUUAAAAAACUCGCGGGUCGUGUUGUUAAACCUAAUAAAACACUCUUGCUUGUUUUUUAAAUAGUACAUAAAAAUUUUGCUAAUAUAGAGAAAAGUUCAGUGGUAUCUGAAAUGACAUUGACAGAUCAAAAAUGGGAUGAUCAACUGAAAACGAAAACAUCAAAAACGUACAAAAAUCUCGCAUCGCAAUUAACGGUUGAGGUAGGUAUGGUGCAAAAACUUCGAAAUAUAGAUAAAGACUUCAAAAUGUUUGGUUUUCGCUUAAAAUGUUUUAUCUUCUCUUAUCAUACUUGUAGAUAAGAAAAGUCUACAAGGACCGUGUUGGGUUUAGUUAUGUUAUCAUCAAAGGAUUCAGGUAAAUAUUUUCAAAGUAAAUGGCGAUAAUCGAGAUGUUGAUGCUAUAAAUGUAAAUACUGAAAAGCUGGCCGGCCAUUUUUAGCCAUUAGGGAACUUUAGCUUCGCUACGGCUACGAAAUCUGGUACGACUACGAGAUUUUUUCCGUUAAAUAUCUGCUACUACAGACUUUCUAUCGUCCUUUCUUUUGCAUUCAUCUUUAUAGCAACAGUUGCGCCAAAUCACGUACUAUUAUAACUUUUAGUAGCUGAUAUUUAAUGGGAAAAAUCUCGUAGUUGUACUAUAGAUUUCGCAGCCGAAGCCAAUCUAAAGUUCCCUAAUGUCCAAGCAACUGCACACUACUAGUCUUGUCGGACAUUUGUCAGAUCCAAGCAAAAUGCUUAUAAUCCACACUGAAUGGAGAAACAAUGUGUCAUAAAUAAAAAUAAGAAUGGCACCAAUUUAAUUAAUUUAAGGUCGCAAGCAGGCACUUGUCUAAUAUGCUUUCUUUUUCCUUUCUUUUGUGUUGUGUCACAGGCGCGGCAGUAUAAUUGUGGAAUUUGAACUGUUAUUUACGAAGAAAGUCGAAAAUCCCCUUAAACCAUUGAUGGAAGUUGCAGAGAUUGGCAAGCUUGGUAAAAUGAGAGUUAAAACGAACACUAUGCAAG